AUGUAGAGAAAAUUACCCUAUGCAUUCCAUGGAUUAGAUUAUUUAUAUGAGCCUUAUUUGGCAACAGUUUAUAAUCUGAUUCCUUCAUAUAAAACUUAAAAACUAGGAGAAGGAUUUUUGAAUUAAACAUCUUAAGUUUAUACAUCGCUAUUAUAAUCUAUAGCAGAAUAAGACAAAGAGUUUUUGAAGUAAAUUCUAGAGCCUAAGUUAUAUCACGCUACUUCACAUUGCAUGGAUUUGCUAGAAGAGAAGCAAUUAAAAUUAUAAUACGUUGAAUAAGAUUAAUAGCAAAAUGGAGAAAAGCAAGAAGAGGAUGAAGAAGAACAGGAAGGCUAAUAACCAUAAUAAUAGUUUAGCUUUUUCUAAAAAAUACUCGGCAAGAAUGAGACAUAUCAUAUUUUUUAAGAAAAUGAUUAUAAAUGUAAUGUAGAUAUCAAAGGCGUAUUUGGUGUGAAAAUUAACAGAAAUGAAAAUGAAAAUACUCCUUUCGUUGAGAUUCCUGCUUUGCCAACCACUCCAAGGAAUUAUCACCUAAAUCUGAAAAAUCCUUUUAGUCUUUAUGAAAACCAAAUUUUAGUUGCGAAUAUUUUAAUUUAUACCAGCAAGAAAUUAGUUGCAGUAGAUUAAGAAGGAAUAUUAGUUCAUGGCGAUUAUGAUAAUAAUUAAUUUUACUACCAUAAAUUAAGAUUAGAGUCCUAUAUACCAAAUUUCAAUUGGAUAAUUACUGACAUUGAUGAUUAUCUUAAAGGAAAUCCUUAUUAUUGA